AUGACUCAGCUUGUAGGCGGCCUCUCCACCACGUCAAAAGACCCCACCAGUUUGUCUGAAGUGAGAGCAGCCUGCUGGCCCAUCCUCAAGUUUCACUACACGCUUGGACAUUACUCCCCUGCAAAUACAUACAGAGAUGAGCGCUUUCUGGGAGCUAAAAACGCUGAAUUUUAUGAGCUGGAUUUGAGAGACCUUGGACUCUUGCUCCAUAUGAGGAAGAAAAUCUUGAAAGUAACUUGUUUCCUGCUGAGUCUGUUGUCAAGUUUGAGUCUCUGCUCUGAAAAGUUUGGAAAACCCAUAACUGAUGAUGUGAGCAAGCUGUCAAUAUUGAAGCAGAAUAUUCCCUCUGAUUAUGAGAUUCCUCUUAGUUACAUUCCCAAAGAAGUGGCUGGAACCUGCUGGGUGGUGUUAAAUAUCUAUCCUUUAGAGCAAAGUCUUCGAAAGCUGGCCAACAUGUUUGGUGCCAUCUCCUCCAACAAAGAUAAUAUCAUCGUCUUCAUCGCAAUGCUCAAGAGUUUACGUUUUACCUUUGACCACGAGGAACUGGAAACAGCAAUGCAGGUCUUUCAGUGUCACUACCAGGAGGAGAGCUUACUGUCUGCUCUUUACUUUGACCACAUUGAAGAAGUCUUACAAACGGCUGCACAAGGAACAUCAAGCUUCUCAUGCAAGCCACCACCGUGCCAUAAUCAUCAGCAAACACCAGAGGGUCAAGGGGAGAGCCGUGGAUACAACUGGACAAGAACUCCCCUGCUUUUAGUGCUCAUCCCGUUCACAGCUUGUGUUUUUCUGGUAGUUUGGCAGGUCAGGUCUGGAAGGCGUUUACCUAUUUGCAACACUGUAAAUAACCAAAUGGCAACUCCUGACAUGAUCCCAACAGUGUCUAUCUCCAUUCCACUUCAAACACUCACCCACGCCGCUAACACUCAGCCAGCGGGGGAGGCGAUCGCAGAACAUCAAAGUGGAUGAAGCGUGAUUAACAAAGGAGGGAAAAUUGGACAGCAAGAUAACAACCCACUCUUCAGGUUGUUCUGUCACUGGCAGAGGCCUGCUGGAUAAAUGAGUCUGGUCUGACACUCCUCUGCUUUUACUCAUCCGAGUGCGUGUGCCAGAGCUACUGGAUGAAAAAAAAUAAAGUGUAAGUAAAAAAUACAGAGUUGCUGAAAAGCAGGUGUUUAGCAAUUAUCCCCAGAUUCAGCACUGAGGAGAGAGCUCCUCUGAGCAGCUGAUUACCCCACAAAAUGGCCAGCGAAACAGAUACAUUAUCUUGUGCUGGGUGGUGAGUAACAGCAUUUGGCUGGCCUAUUCAGAGAAGUUAAAAUCUGUUUUGCCUAUCUGAUGUCAUUCGCGGUGUUGUCGUGCUUGUUUAGUUUCAAGUUGCAAUCAAAAAUAUCAGUGGAGCCUCAAAUCAAAGUGAGACCAUGCAGUUUGGGUAGCCAUUUUUUUUUUUUUUUAAUGAAACUGGCACCACCAAUUUCACGGCUGUUCUUUUCAAUGCUCUAGCACCACGUAACAGUCAACACGCUGAAUUCUAACGUGCUCCUAAACUGAACUACUGAAAUAUUCAAGCACUAGAAGUAAGGCAGAACAAUCUGGCUAAUAUUUUCUGCAGUAUAACCAAAGAAAGGCCUCAUGCAGCUUCUCUUGUACUUGUUGUUGACAUUGUUAUGAUCUGUGACCUGUCACAAAUUGCAGACCUGCCAGUCACAAACAGCACACUGAGAAGCUCAACAAAUGUCCCACUUUAUGAAUCAAAGAUCUGACCAGAUGGCAGUUCGCCAUUUAGCUCGAGGCAUUUUGAAUCCAGUCAUUGUGUUUCAAAGCCGUUGCCCAGAGAUCUAUUGCUGCUCCUCCACCACAGUGAGUGUGUUAGAGUUUUAAUGCCUCAUUCACAGAGUCAAUCACGUUCAGUCAUGAGAACAUGACUCCCCGAGUGUGAGCACUCUUGUGCUGUAUGUGUCAGCGGCAGGGAGCAAGAGACAGGACAGACAGGACGAGGGAGAGUGAGGCAGAUUAGGACAGAUAGAUGGAUGGACGGAUGAGCUCAGUGAGAAGCAUAAGGAGGGCUUGUUCUCCUCACAAAAGAACAGGCCGUAGGCAGGAGGAAAUGCCUGUUAAAAACACGGUCAGUGUCGACAGAUCCCAAUGAAUCAACAAGCUGAGAAUCUUUCCAGACCGCAGGCUAUGUAGCCUCACUGGCAGAGGCUGGUUAGUAUUUCAAUAACAGUUUUCCGUAUUCAAAUGAUUUAUUUCCCAAACACGCCAAUACAAUAUAGUUAUAUCCUCAUUAACAUAUUUUCCUGCUGUAAACUAAGUCUAAAAAUGACUGCUUGCCGUCCUCUUAUUGUGCAAAUUGUGCGUUUUGUAUUUGAAUUUUGUGAAUAUGUGCAUUUGUGAUAUAUUUAAAUUAUUUAGUUAAGAUAUAAACCUUUUACAGAACGUCAUGAGUUUAAACUUACAGUUGCAAUGUUGUAAGUUAAAAACCGACCAAUUCAUGUCAUGAAUGUACAGGAGGUGGGGCGGGGGGUUGAUUAAAUACUGUGAACAUACAUGAAAUAUGCAUAAAAAAACAGAAUUAUUCAUUUUAUCUGCAGUGAUUGGUCCCACCGAUGUUUAAGUCAGCCCUCCUUUACGAAUGUUUUUUUAUUCUUACCAGUGUUUGUCUCUUCAAGUAUGUGAAAAGUUUGUAAGACUGAAUUCGUUGCAUUUUGGGAAGAUCAUUUUGUCUUUUUAAUGUCUUUUUAUAAGUCACAGUAGUUCUCUAUGGAUAGUGAAUCAAAAUUCACAGUAAGGUAAUUAUUGUAAUGUUUGAAGAAAUGUAUCUCCCCUUGUUAUCUUUAGACUUCUUGAAAAUAUUUAAAUGCAAAGAGGAUGUGCUGGAUCCAGUAUUAGUGAUCGAAUGAAGAUGCGACUCACUCCUC